UCGUUUAUGCCGGAUAAUUUGAAUAUUAAACAGGUUGUCAAAUCUGGUGUCCGUUGGCGGUCUCACUAUCAGGCGAUUUGUUUGGUUUCGUUUGCCGGGGGCAUCCAAACGUAAACAAACAGAAAUGUUUGGUGAUGAGUUGUUGCGGUGCAGGUAACACUGAGCAAGUUAUUCCAAAGUGCCUUCUUCCCGCUCGCUGUUAAAUCUUAGCAACAUCACAUCCAUUAUCAUCAUCAUGCAAGUUUAGCGGCCGGUUACUUGUUGGUUGUUUCGUCAAAACAUCGAAUCCUAAAUGCAGUUCCAAAAUGGUGCAAAAACCCUCGACGGACCUGUUUGUGUGCUGUGCUCUCUACGUGGGAUGUUUGCUGUAUUCGUUUUACAAAAACUACGAACUUAGCAAUGAAAACUUGUUAAACUAUUACAGCCUCGAUACCGGUUGGUACAUAUUCAACUACCGAAGACGCGACGAUUUCGAUUGGGAAUGGGAACAUUACAUCGGAUUCAUCGAACGGCACGGAAUGUAUUUCCUGGUGCACGUGGUGGUAAUGGAAUUUGCUCGCCGUUUCUGUACGAAACACAUUUCCACCGUUUUAACGAUAUUCGGACUCGUGGUGAUCUAUCGCAUGUACAACGUGCCAGUAUUAAUGGUGAUUCUAGUGCAAAGUCUAUCGUUCUAUUACGGGAAUUCAGCAAAGUAUUAUCGAAGCACAAUCUGGUUGAAAACAUUCCUAUGGAUCGCUGUGAUAAACUACUUCAAGGUGUGGUACUUUUACGAUAAGCUAAAUGUACACCUCAACAUCCACAACGAUCAACUGCUGGAGCUGAGCCUCAUCACCUCAUGGAACGUCAUCAAGUGCACCAGCUUCUGUCUGGACAGGUGUAGGGAAGCACCGGCAAAGGAGCAUUACGCUUUGCAUGACCUGAUGGCUUAUUUGCUGUACUUUCCGCUGCUCCUGAUGGGACCCGCUAUAGUUUACAGCCGCUUCAAAACGAUCCACAACGAUUUUCAACAUGAGCUGGAACCUCACUCCUUUCCGGAUCGCAUGUGGACGCUAGCAAAGCGGCUAAUGAUGGCCUGGUUUUGGGCGUUGGUCAUGCUAGCAGGACAACACUUUCUCUACGUGAAUCUCAUCCAGCAAGAUCUGGAACUACUACGGCACGUGAACCUUUGGGCACUGUAUGGACUGGGCUUUCUGAUGGGCCAGUUUUUCUGCAUAAAGUACGUCGUGUUCUACGGCGUAGGCAUAGCGUUUGGCCGGUUCGACGGUGUUGACAUGCCCGCCAAACCGAUCUGCAUUGCCAGAGUGAACCAGUACUCGGACAUGUGGAAGUUUUUCGACCGAAGUUUGUACGAGUUCCUGUUCAAGUACAUCUACACCGAGCUGUGCACGAAAACGUCCGCACUGCCGCGCAAAAUUGUUGCCAGUUUGGCCACGUUCGCGUUCAUCUACAUCUGGCAUGGCGUGUUUCUGUUCAUUUUCAUAUGGUCGCUGAUAAAUUGGGUUUGCAUCUUGUUCGAACGGCUGGUCAACCAUUGCACUCCUGCCGAGAGUCGGUGGCGUGCGAUCAUCGGAACGCAUGUAUUCAUACCCUCGGUGCUGUCCAAUUUCUUCUUUUUUGCCUCUGAAAAUGUGGGCUACAUCUACCUCCAACGAACCUACACCGAGGGCAUCAGAAACUAUGUCGGUUUGUACGUGGCCUCGUAUUGUUUCUAUCAGACCGGACAGCUAGUGAAGAUUAUACAGACGAAUCGUGCUGUCGAAGACCGGCGAAAGAAGUGAAAAUAUAGAAAGCAUUUAUUUAUCCUA